UUGCUUUAUCUCCUAGCUCCUCAUCUAGCUUUCGUUGAGUUGACUUAUUAUUAGUCAUUCCAAUUUCCAUCCAUCCAUUCAUCCCCUCUUCUUCUUCUUAUGAUCUCUUCUUGUUCUAAUUGCGACCGCAAUUAUCAACAACUAGUUAGUUACAUACGUAGCAUGAUUCCAGGCGGUGGCGGCGGCGGCGGCGGCGGCGGAAUUAGCCCUUACUUGGUGCAGAGCCAGCAUGGGCAUGGUGGCGGCGUCGACGGCAUGGAGAUGGAGGAGGGCGGCGGCUUCAUGGGCGAGCAGCCACAGUGCCACCCGCUGCUCUACAACCUGUCCGUGCUCAAGGACAGGGUGCAGCAGCUGCACCCGCUCGUUGGCCUCGCCGUCGCCCACAACGCCCACGCCCACGGCCCCCUCGACGUCUCCGCCGCCGACGCCAUCAUCCAGGAAAUCGUCGCCGCCGCCUCCUCCAUGAUGUACGCCUUCCAGCUGCUCUGCGACCUCGGCACGGCGCCAACCACCGCGCCAUCACAGGAGACCGCCGCCGCCUCCGCCGUUGUUGUCAAGAACAACGACCAUGCCGCCGAUGCCGGUCAGAUGGAGGACGACCAUCUCAUGCAGCAGCAGUGGCAGCAGAACGGCAGCCGCCAGCACGAUUACAGCAGCCAUGCCCAUGCGCCGCCGGUGUUCCACAGCGAAACGGCGGCACCGGCAGGCGCGACGUCGGCGACGGACACGAUCAUCGAGCUGGACGCGGCGGAGCUGCUUGCCAAGUACACGCACUACUGCCAGGUGUGCGGCAAGGGGUUCAAGCGCGACGCCAACCUGCGGAUGCACAUGCGCGCGCACGGCGACGAGUACAAGAGCAAGGCGGCGCUGUCCAAUCCGACCAAGCUGCUCGCCAAGGGAGGCGACGAGACGAUGGCGGCGGCGGCGAGGAAGUACUCGUGCCCGCAGGAGGGUUGCCGGUGGAACAGGAGGCACGCCAAGUUCCAGCCGCUCAAGUCGGUGAUCUGCGCAAAGAACCACUACAAGCGCAGCCAUUGCCCCAAGAUGUACGUGUGCAACCGCUGCGGCCGCAAGCACUUCUCCGUCCUCUCCGACCUCCGCACCCACGAGAAGCACUGCGGCGACCACCGCUGGCUCUGCUCCUGCGGCACCUCCUUCUCCCGCAAGGACAAGCUUAUCGGCCAUGUCUCCCUCUUCGCCGGCCACCAGCCGGUCAUGCCGCUCGACGCCCCCCGCGCCGGCAAGAGGCAGCGAUCGUCCUCGGCGUCCGUCGCCGGGAACAUUGACGACACCACCGGCAUUGGCAUGGGCGCCGCCUGACGACCUUACUAACUAACUGUGAUUGUAUUGUUGCCAUCACCUGCUGCAUAUAUAUGUCCAUGAAAGAUUCAAUCCAGUACUGCAUGGCUAGUUAAAUUAGCAUGACAAUGCUAAUUGGAACACACAUGUUAAUUUGGAAAUCGAUCAGGGCAGCAAUUUCAGGCAGUUUAUCAGUUAGUUCUAUACAUUAGCUUAUGAGAUGUGUGAUGAAUAUAUACUGUAUUAGCUAACUAGCUAGGGGCUUUAGCUUUACAAUAUAAUACUAAGGUUUAUUACAAACUGUCUUGGUAAUAAUGAAUGCAUGAUAUACUACUCCAAUAA